AUGGUGCGCCGUCACGAUCCGUUUCCGAUGCAAUCUGCCGAGGCCCAAAAGCUGGCUAGAGAUUUAGAAAACUCUUCCGGCGGUAGUGGGGAGCCCGGCAGCGAAGAUUGGAACCGAAUGUCUACCGACACUGGAACGAAUCCAUCCCGCUCCGCUGCGGAGGAUUCCGAAAGUCGCAAUGCGGCAGGGCAGAGUCUCGUGAGCGGCGGGCGAUCCAACAACAAGAAGAAAAAGAACGCACGGACCAACAGGAACACGGGCGACAACGACGACGACCUUCUGAGUGACGACGACAGUGAUACGGAACAGGAAGAUGAUUUCUUGGACCGUCCCUUGUGGGAGUCGCGUCCAGGAAAUCGCACGUGGAGUCGUAUGCUGCGUGCUCUCGAAAACAUCUACCAACGAUUGUACGGAGAUCAAUUGCCUCCGAGUGAAAUGCUGCGCACAUUGUGUCUCGCUACCACGCUCUUUUUUAUGAUCGGUGGAUACUGGUUACUGCGAUCCCUCAAAGAUCCCGUUCUCACGGCUCUCUGCGGCGUGAGUGUCAUUCCCAAGGCAAAAAUGCUCUCCGUGGUAGUCGUCCUCGCCGUAGUUUCCGUUUACAACCAUUUUCUUGAUUCCGAUAUUCCCCGACACAAACUCUUUUACAUUUUUGGAACCUUUUACUUUGGUCUUUUCUCGCUCAUUGCAGCUUUGUUGAUGCAUCCCACCUUGGGACUCGCCAAUCAACAACCCAACCCAAUGCGCGUUCUGGGUUGGAUCAGCUACUGCUCGAUCGAAAGCUUCGGUUCCGUCAUGGUCAGUUUGUUUUGGAGUUUUGCCAAUUCCAACAUUUCUCUCGAAACCGCCAAGGCCAGUUACGGUGUCAUGGUCGCAACGGCACAACUGGGUAGUAUUUUGGGUCCGACCGUCGUUAACGCCUACGCCGCGACGUGGGGCGUCGCCAAGUGUUACGCCGUCGGGGCCGUCUGCAUGCUCCUCCUGCAGGGCACCAUGUACGGUUACAUUCGUGUCUACGGAACGAUCGAGCGCAAUGCCGCCAGUGCCGCCGCCACCGCCGCCAAGGCGGCCUCGAAACAGAAACCCAAGGCGGAUAUAUUGGAAGGACUCAAACUCUUUUGGAAACACCAUUACAUCAAAGGAAUUUUCGCCAUUUCGUGUCUGUUCAUGGUGGAAGUCACGAUUGUCGACUUUACGCUUAAAGUGUUGGCGCGCGACUUUUUUGCCGAAGAGCAUCCUUGCGAAAUAGGGAUGAGUUGCUACGCGGAUAACGGUGAUCACGGCAUGUCUGAAGCCGCUACGGCCGCUUUUACGACUUUCAUGGGUCUUUUUGGGCAAGCCACCAAUACACUUUCCUUUCUGCUCAGUCUCUUUGGUACUUCGGCAGUCAUUCGAUAUUUGGGCUUGCGCUUGACCCUGCUUCUAUUCCCAUCGCUCUGCUUGGCCGUUAUAAUUUUUGUCCGAUUUCGGCCGACGCUCUACGUGGUGUUUGGGGCCAUGAUUACACUGAAAGCCUGCUCGUACGCACUCAACAAUCCUACCAAAGAAAUGUUGUACCAGCCCACAAGUUCAGCUGUCCGCUACAAGGCCAAAUCUUGGAUCGAUAUUUUCGGAGCACGGGGUAGUAAAGCGAUGGGUUCGGUAGUGACCAACGCCUUUUCCGAUAGUGCCACUCGACUAGUCGCCAACGGCAGUUUGGUCGGCAUGGCCGUGGCUUCCUUUUUAAUAUGGAAUGCCACCUUUAUGGGGCGCAAGUUCGACGAGUACACCGAGUCUGGGUAUGUGGUAGGGGAAGGAUUUCCGGAAGAAGCUGGUGAAGCGCAUCUGGAGCUCGCGACGAGUCAAAACGAAGAAGACACGAGCUGUGCAAUUUAUGAUGAUGCCGAGACGGGUGCUGCAGAAGAAGGGCAAGAAGACGGACGCGAGAGUGGCAAUCAUGAUGACGAUAGGGAGGAUACAAACGUCGACGACAAACGAAAACCAAAAGUAAUGAUGGUAUAAGCCUGUUGUUACUUUCAAACUCUUUCGCUAUUACAGCAUUCUCUUUCUCCUUCCAAUAGUUUACAGUUUCCUCUCUUUCUUUGAUUUAUGAAUUCACUGUUAUACAAGUUAUUUUUCAUAUAUGUCAUUCAUGAAACUAACAGCAAGCACUAUUCCAAUUUAUGAAUGCAUAUAUAUUCAUGGAAUUAUUUUAAGUGCUACUCAAAUUGGG